AUGAUUACCUGUCGGCCUGCUACUCUCGCAGAUAUCCCCCAAGUGCGUGAUAUCAACCACUGGUACAUUUUGAACAGCUGUUUCACAUUCACAACUACCCCACCAGCGGUGUCCCACUACGAAGACUUAUUGCGGGACCUCAACAGACGCCAACUGCCAUUCUACGUGGUUGGCUCUGACACGCGCCAGUCAGACGAUGGCGCAGAUCUAGUCCUUGGCUAUGCUUACCUUUCGCCAUGGCGAGGCGAGUUGCUUUCUUAUGCGUCGACCGUUGAGCUGUCGAUCUUCAUGCGAGCUGACCAACGGAGCUUCGGCUACGGAACUCUCUUGAUGCAGAAGAUUCUGGGAUUCCUUCAGUCUGGUGGUGUUCAGCAUCGCUGCGAAGAGCGUGUUGGUGAUGUCGCUCGCAUUGGGGCUCAUAGCAUGCUCGAGGUGGUGAACACCUCGCCUGUUCACAAUGUCAUUGCUAUCAUGACGUUUGACCCUGAGAAUCCUGCCGAGGGCAUUCGGUUAAGGGAUUGGUAUAAUACGCUGGGAUUUGUGCACAGAGGACGCCUGGAGAGCGUCGGGAAGAAGAUGGGUCGUUGGCUUGAUACCGUGUAUCUUCAGUGGAGCCUUCCUCCGGCACAGACAGACUCAGCUGAUGGAAACUGA